CGAACUUCUUAUCCCUCUGUUCGUGCCUGUUCGGACCGUGCGUGCGUGUGGACAGCUGCGAUUGCGCGAAUGUGUGUUUUCUUCUUCCAGCCUGGCAAUGCUCAUUCUCCAUGUGAGCAUUCCCAAGUCUCUGUCUGUGGCUGUGUGUGUGUGUGUACGAUAGAACAAACUGGUGCUAGAACGGCGACGAUGUGUGAUGCAGUGUUUUGUGUAUAUUUUUUGCGUGCAGAGUAGUGUUGAAUUUUCCCUUCAAUGUUGCUGCGAGCUAUAAACGUUCCACGUUCCGUGUUAUAAAACAAUAGAAUUCCAAUCCCAAUGUAGACAGUGAAGCAAAAGCAACACGUUUUUCAUUUCGGUUUUCGCUCCUUCCAAACCUUUCCGACUUUGUGUGCCCGGCCAUAUUCAGUGACAGAUUUGGUGGUGAAAAAGUGGUGAAAAUAAAAAAAAACAGCAAAACGAGUGCAAAACAAGUGCAAACUUCGUACGAAAAAGAAAAGCCAAAGCCUACAUUGUUACGUUCUACGGGCAGACGGCCAAGCAUAUUGGAGAGACUUGUGUGCAGAGCAACGGUGUUGCCAGCAUGAUAUCCUUUACGAUCAAACCAUCACUGCAAGGCGUUAGCACGACGACAGAUACAGUGAAGAAUACAGUGCGCACGGUGAUGCCAACGGAAGCGGAAGUAGUCGCCGCGCUGUAGAGAGCGAGAAAGUAAUAAAACAAUCCAACACAAACACACCCAUUUGGAGGACGUUUUCGUUGUUCUGCAGCGGCAAAGAAGCAUCGGAACGGUGAAAGAAGGAAGCAAACUUCGGGAAGAGGUAGAACGAACCGGUGCACAGAGAACGGAAAUCAUUCGAUUUUCUCUCGAUGAAAAUCCAAUCGAUACGCGAACGUGGAAGGUCCUCAAAGGCUUAACGAGAAAUAAUAAGACACUUCCUAAAUACCUAAACAUACGCAAGAAUUGACGAGAUAUAACACUAAACCAUAGACAAUAAGCUAGUCAACUAAACAGCUAAUUAAAGACGAAAAGUUACAGCGUAAAACGGGACGAGUUAAAGGAAUAAGCUAACGAUUUAUUGAGAACGAGCAACAGAACUGCAGCACAAUGAACACCGUCCUGCUGGAAUCGCGGCCAUAUCGGCCAUUUAAAUCGAGCGAGGAGUAUCUGUACGCGAUGCGCGAAGAUUUGGCCGAAUGGUUGAACACAAUGUAUCCGGACCUGCGCAUCAAUGUGGAAAACUUUAUGGAUCGGCUGGAUACGGGCGUAGCUCUAUGCAAGCAUGCCAACAACGUACGUGUGGCCGCCGAACAGUACGUCGCCCGCCGCAUGGCGCGGAACAAAUCCAUGACGAAAUCGAUCACAUCCGGGCUGGCCGGUCCGAUCCUUAGUAUGGGCAAUGUGCACUUUCUGGCCGCGGCCAAGAGUGGUACCUUUUUUGCCCGUGAUAACGUAUCCAACUUUAUCACAUGGUGCAGGAAAAGCCUUCAAAUUCUCGAGUGUCUGCUGUUCGAAACGGACGAUUUGAUAAUGCGCAAGAACGAAAAACACGUCAUCCUGUGCCUGCUGGAAGUUGCGCGCCGUGGUGCCAAGUUUGGUAUGCUUGCUCCAAUGUUGGUACAGAUGGAGCGUCAGAUCGAUCGGGAGAUAGCGGCCGACAAUCGGGCUAAUGCUGGUGUGGGCUGUGGUACACAGACCGAAGGUGAGGGCAAUGGUUCCGGCACUGGCAUAUCGACCGGCACGGAAACGGAGCUUUACGACAGUGACAGCGAGGAGGAGGACCACGAGGCGGAGUCACCGAUGCUGAUGUACGGUCCACAGCCACAGAUCGUCACGAACGAUCUGAAGAGCCUGGACGAAAUGGUUCGUGAUCUGGUGGAAAAGUGCACCUGCCCGUCCCAGUUCCCGAUGGUGCGCGUCUCGGAGGGCAAGUACAGAAUCGGCGAUACCAAAGUGCUCAUUUUCGUGCGGAUUCUUCGUUCACACGUGAUGGUCCGCGUCGGUGGUGGUUGGGAUACGCUUGCACACUACCUGGAUAAGCAUGAUCCGUGCCGGUGUCGAUCGCAGCAUCGUUCGUCCGCUUCAGCACGGCUGAUCACCAAAACUACCAACGCCAAUGGGAUCGAGCUGCACAAAGCUCAGGUACACUAUGAUCGAUCUGGUUCCCCGUGGAAAUCUAGUGCAACUCCAAACCAGAAUGGAUCACCGAUCAAUGGUGGUGGAAACAGUAACGCUAAUACCUUGUCACCUCCAGCACGUGCCAGAAGCCGUAGCCGUAGUCCCAGUGCUCAGCGUCGUUUACCGACGGAAAAUGGGGAUAAACUGCAACCGCCAGGAUCUCCGUUGAAAACGUCCAGACGUUCGGUGUCACCGAGUCCGCGCCGGAUACAAGAGAACAGUGUUGCCAACAAACGCAAAGCAGCCGGGACGUCAAAUAACGCUACUACUGGUGGUGUAGUACACUUCGAAUGUGAUAAUGAUCCGGUGGCACCGGUUGCCCCGGUAGUUGGAACGGCGACAGUGUUGCCAUCGGAAGAUGACAAGAAUCGUUACGAGAGCGUUAGCGACAAUGGGAGCGAAAUCAGUGACGAGGGUUACCGUAGCCUUGGUUUAGUGCAAGGUGGACAUAGUGCCGGUACCACAGCCGGCGCUGGAGCUGGUGGGCUGCGGAAGGGUUUCGGAAAUAGUCAACAUUCGAGUGAAGAUGCAGAUACUAAUGCGCAUCUCGAUACGACUGCUUCGGACUCGCAAGCUAGCCCAACGGAGGAAGAAAGCUCUACGAAAACGAACGACGAAGAUCUGACACCCAUCUCAGAUGAGCUGGCCGUGGCCAACGAAUCUACAGACGUACGCCACUACGUCACCCAGCACGAUUCACUAAUCGACUGUCCGGAUGGUACGAUUUCCACCGGUCCGGCUUCCGGAUCCUUCGAAAGCUACGGUGUGUACGUGAACGAUGAUGAAAUCACGGUGGACAUUGCGAAUGCGACCGGUUUGCGCAAGACGGGCUUUUCCGACCGCAUUAUGGACCGUACCAGUGUGGCCCCUUCUGCUGCUGGUGCUGGCGGUGCCGGAUCGCGCAUUCCGCGCUCACCUGUUGGGCCGCGACGUAAAGAAAGUGCCGAAAGCACCGCCAGCGGUACGGUUACCGACGAGUUGGCGGUGGUCAACAAUCACGGACUCCGCAAACCAUCCAUCGCCAAAUCGGUGACGCGCAAACCGACCGCACUCGCCGGUUCCACCGUGAACAGCGCGGAACAACCGGCGAAGGAAACGAACACUUGGAGUGGUCGAUCAAACAAGAAGCGUCCAUCGCUAACGUCACAAACGUUUAAUGCAACCGGAAAGGGAGCUGCUGCGCCCGCUCCAUUUACACGCAAUUCACCAGUGCGUGCCUCACUGGCAGCAGAACGCACGAUGACGGGUCGGAAUCGAACGCCCAAAGCGACCGGUUCGGCCUGUACAUCCACCAAUACGUCACCGAGCAAGAGCACAUCGGAUGCAGUGGCAAUGCUGCUGCAGCAAAUUAAGGAUACGCUGGAUUCGGGCACAAAUGAUACGCAGAUCGUUGAACGCGUUAGACGGCUGGUGUCGCAAACGAGCGUACCGGAUGAGCUGGUCAACGAUUUCACCACCGCCUGGGUACACUCCAACGGGAAUCUCGAUCGUUCGAAGGUGAUUUUGGCCGGUUCCGGUACCGGAUCGUCACCCUCCAAACCACAGUCCACGUUGUCCAAACGGGCGAGUACACUCUCCAAUGCGUCCGAUAGUACGCAGUCCAACUGUCGCGACUUGGCGUCGGUAGUUUCGCCACGACGUCUCGAUAAGGGCCUGUCCAAGAUUCCGGCACCGGUUCGUUCGAAUACGGGUCUGUAUUGACGCAGUACUGCGUAUCGCGUACGUUCCGAUGCUGGUGCUACCCUAGCCAUAUCCAAGCAGUGAAGGUCUAUAGUUCUCAACUGAUUACAGAUGAUGCGCGUACCAGCAGCAUUUGCUGCAUUUUCGGUUCGAAGUUUAAUAUGAAUGUGACGUGAUGUAUGCCAGUGAAAGACAUUGAAUUGAAUGAAGGUUUUUAGCUGAAUUAUUAACUUUGAUUCCACAAUUUGUUCGGAAACUGUUUCGAUCUUUACCGCGACUUUGUAAGCAAGCUUGAUGCAAGUUUUACAACUUCUCAUUUGCUUUUGUUCGUAACCAUAUCAGAUUGAAGUGAAGUGAAGUCCAUGUAGAAUUACUUUCUUUGAGGGAGUAAAAUAAUCCAACGGGAAAGAUGUUUUAUCAUUCCUGCAGCGUGACUAAUUUUUGUAAUCUACAGUUUUGCUCCAAGUUUUGCUUCCUGUUGUUAUUGUGCUUAGGAUUGUUUAAGUAGAUUAAAGUACUAAAAGGAAACCAUGCUAUAUACACAAAAUUGCAAGGCGAAUCCUAUCAUUAUGCGCUUCCAGCUCGCAUUCUCGCGCGAACAAAUUCUGUUGUUUACACAUCAUGACAUUUACUGGCGUUUACGUUCCUGGCACGUGUGGUCUCAGUAGACGGACGGGCAGGAUAGGCUAGCAAUGUUGCGUUUCUGCCCAAUAUUAACCCAAUUUCCAGUAUAUCCUUUUCAUGGAAUAAAAUUAGAAAGAGAAAUGUUGAGAAUGGAAUAACCAGAAAGGGACGAAACACUGGUAGAUAUGGUGCCCCCUUCCUUGAAGCAACCCAGAGAGUGCUAAAUGACUGACUUUUGCUUUUUUACCGAGCUAGUUUAGGAAAAGAAAAGAAAGCAUAGUAUGUGUAGGAGAAGUGUUUUUUUUUGUACUAGAAUGUGUGAAGUUUCUAGACGUUUUUUUAUAGAAGCAAGUUGAAUCGGUUCGCAUUGACCGACAAAGGCAAAGUGCUUGCAGGGAAAGUAAUGUUUUAACUGUACGCCUCCCUAACUCAACUGCGAGUCGAGUCUUUCCCUUUUUACCUAGCCUAACAAACUAAUGUCGCAUUUUUUAUACAUUGCACAAUUUCCCACUUUCCAUCUCCAAUAGUUGCUGAUAACUCUAUAAAACAGAUGGUCAGAACAGGAAUUGUGUGACUACCGCAUAGCUACAAAUUAGAAAACAAACAGUACGAAAUUUUAAAGCGUCCACAUGCGUAGAAAACCGAUCAAAGUGCAAUAGCGCAAUCAGGAAAAUGAUACAAAUUCAUAUUAAAAUUUAUGCAAGUUUACAGGUAAACAAGAAAAAUGCGAUAAAAGUAGUUCAGAGUUUAAAAGCACUGCGGCGCCGGGCAAGGCAGAAGCAAAAGAAAAAAAAGGUUAAAAUGUUGGACCUGGAAUAUCGGAAUAAGCAAUUAUCCACAUCACCUGGUGAUGAGAACGUUAAGAGACAAGGGGGAAAGGAACCAUGAUUGAGAAGCAUUAUGCAUAAUCAAAGAGUGCUGUGCAAUAUAUGCGCACUAGUGUUAAGUUUGAUAAACUUAACGUAGCGCCGUCAGAAUGACACUUUAAAAUUGGAUUAAGGUAAACAAAAAAAAGUUACUAACAAACUGCAGUUCUUACACGAAAAUCAAAAAAACCACGAUAAAAACACUUGAUAAACCGUAGUAUGUACGCAUUGUUUAAAGUUUUCUUUUUGCUGUUUUCUUUUAACAAUGUAUCGAGAAUUUAAACGUUAGGGCAACAUGUAAUAAAAUCCACUAGCUAUUUUGUGGCAAUAAUGAGCGUAAAUAAAAAUGAAACCUCCUUCACGGAAA